GCGGCGACGCCAUUUGCUGCGGCUGAACGUGAGCGCCGGCGGAUCUCGGAAGAACUCGGUCGCGAGAGUCUCCCGCGCACGCGACCCGGCCUCUUUUGCCUGCUUGGUACCGCGGGGUGCCACGCGUCGCCCCUGGGCCCCCUCGGAGAAGUCGCCGCUGCCGCCGCCGCCGCCGCCACCACCACCCCCAGGAUAGGAGUCGGAAACGCCGGGAGGCUUCCGUCACCGCCAUGCCCAAGAAUAAAGGUAAAGGAGGUAAAAAUAGACGUAGAGGUAAGAAUGAGAAUGAAUCUGAAAAAAGAGAGUUGGUGUUCAAAGAAGAUGGACAAGAGUAUGCUCAAGUAAUCAAAAUGUUGGGAAAUGGACGAUUAGAAGCGAUGUGUUUUGAUGGUGUAAAGAGGUUAUGUCACAUCAGAGGGAAAUUGAGAAAAAAGGUUUGGAUAAAUACUUCAGACAUUAUAUUGGUUGGUCUCCGAGACUACCAGGAUAAUAAAGCCGAUGUAAUUUUAAAAUACAAUGCAGAUGAAGCUAGAAGUCUGAAGGCAUAUGGCGAGCUUCCAGAGCAUGCUAAAAUCAAUGAAACUGAUACAUUUGGUCCUGGAGAUGAUGAUGAAAUUCAGUUCGAUGACAUUGGAGAUGAUGAUGAAGACAUCGAUGAUAUCUAAAUUGAAUUCAACAUUUUACAUUCCAAUUUCUCUGAGGAUUGUUCCCACAAUUUGGAUUUUGGCUGUGACCUGUUAAAGAAGAUUAAAAUUUCAUUAGCAUGAAUACAGUUUGUUAAAGCAGACUGAUUUGUUUCUAAGGUAUUUCUUUAAAAACUGGUAAUGCUGAACUCUCUUAAGUGAAAAGUUAAGCCCCCUUUGUUCUUUUGAUGUUUUGGAGCUUAUGGGUAAAAGACCACAUCUACUAUUUUUAAAAAGUGGGGGGAAAUGCAUUACUCCUUUUCCUACUUUGGCCUCUUCCCAUAAGAAAAUGAAUCUUUUGAAUAAACCAUUUGCCCUACACUCAUGGAUUAUGAUUAAGCCCUAACUUUGACUAGCCUGUCGACUGUUCAGUCACUUUCUGUAUAUUCCAGUUACUUCGAUGUUCCCUUGAGAUUUUGAUACAAUUUAAAGGAAGCAGAACUCUGCAUUUGAAGUAAAAAAUGAUUAGAUCAGUUUUUCAUAUUUAAGUAGCAUGUGGCUAUUUUUGUACUAAUUUUGAUAUCAUGUACAUUGUUUUCAUGAUCUUAUUUUGCCACUAUAAAUGUAUCAACAAAAAAGCAUUUCCAAAAUGGAGGUUUUAGAACCUAGGUUUUAAUAGCGAUUUUUAAUUUGUAAGGUUAGUAGUUAUAGGAAUUGAACAGUAGGUGGCACCCAGUUAUCCUGACAUUGAAACGUUGCUAUAGUUGUCAGUUUUUUUUUUUUCUUACUGUGCAUAGGAAAUUUCCCAAACAAGAAGACUGUUUUGAUCAUAUGCAUGUAUGUAGAAUAUUUUUAAAGAACAAAAAUAUUGUUAAAAGUGUCAUUCUAUUUCAGACGUCAUAUACAUAUAAGCUACAAUUUUGAGUGGUUUAUAAACUCUUGAAUUAUGUAUAAAUGAAAAUUUAAUUUCCUAACAAUUGUACAAUUUAAGCCUUUUUCAGACUAUCCCUAAGCUGUAAAAAGAGAAGGGAAUAACAAUUUACUGAAAAGAUGGUUUCUCAUUUCUAAAUGGAAGUACAGCUGAGAAAUAAAGACAGUGUCAUGCUGCAGAGUAUAUUAUACCCUUACUUUGUGUUUAGGAUAUAUUUUAUUGUGUGUAAAGAUUUGUUUUGCUUAUAUUUUAUUGGGAAUUUGGAUUUUUCCCUUACUCAGUUUUUGUUCUCAACUCUACCAAGAUGAAACUAAGGGCGGGGCUAUUUAGACCUCACUAGCCACAUUGAAAUCUUAAGCAAUGAAGAGUUCCAUCAUUAAGGUUGUGAAGCUUUUAUUCUGCCGGUCUCCAGAGAUGUUUUCAAUGACGAAAAGUACUACAAAGGGAAAUAAACCUUCAUGUGGCUUCAAAAAAUAAGCAAAUCUUCUCUAAUCUCAUGUUUAUUUGUAAGUGUGCAAACUCUGGAAUCAGAACCUGAGGUACGAUAAAACAUUAAAUCAGAGAAUAGAAAUGAGUAGACAGUUGGAAUUCAUGUUUCUUAUUCUCUGGAGUUCUGAAGACUUACCUAGGUGGAAUGCAUCCGAGUCCAUGGGCUGGUUUUUAAGACUUGUAAGAAACUAGCCUUGAAAAAUCAACUUAGUGAUUAUCUUCAUCAAAAUCUAAACUUCCUAAGAUAUUUAGGCUUCUGUAUAAAAAGUGUUUUACUAAAUUUGUGGUGUAUAUGUAGAUCCUUUUCCCCUGUUGUUUUACCAAGAAUGUUGUAACUCUGUGUCUGUGGUACAGUUCUUGGUAGGGAUGGUACAACUCACACAUUACUUUGUCUACUUACCUCCUCUAACAAAUAUGGUUUGUCCAAAGAGUCUGAAAAUUGCAAGUAUGGCCCCCAUUCAUGUGGGUGUUAGUGACAGUUUUUUUCCUUGCCUAUGUAGUAAGAGCUUAAUCUAGUGCCAUUGCAUCCUGGAAAAUCUCAAAUCAUAAUGAUUAUGAAAUGGUAAAGUUCUAGGUCAUUUGCAACACUCCUUGGAGGGACUGUUUUACUAACUUUAAUGUGAAAUUUGUAUAGUUUCAUUGAUUACAUUUCAAAUGAGAAAUGGAAGUGGUCCUUAGUUGGUGUUUUUUGUUUUGUUUUGUUUUUUGGUGUGUGUAUGUGUGUUUUUCUGUUGAGUUUUUGUUUAAGGUUUUUGUUCUGUGGUUUUUUUGUUGUUUUGGGGUUUUUUUUUUUUUUUUUGGCUUUGGGGUUUCUUUGAUUAUAUUCUUUGAUUUCGAUAACACAAGGCUAUGAGGUAUGCCCUGAAAGAAAAUAAAAUGUUUGAAAUCCAAGAAUAAUUGUUCUUCCUGCUAAGCAGGUUUAGUAAUUAUUACUAAUGAAUUUGAUGGGCUUGCAUUUUUCAUGCAGUGUUGAUUCUACUUCCAGUUAGAGUAUAAAUAAAUUGUAUUACUAAGGUGGCUCAAAAACCAAACCAAGCAUUUGUGUGAAAAAAUACUUGCCAAGAUUUAAUUGCUUGACUGUUGAAUCUUUUCUGAACUUCCAGCCUCUUAAGAGACCACCUCUUAAGGAUCCUGUAAACUAUGCAUGAUGAAAAUUCUUGUAUUUUAUUAAGGAAUGGCCAUUGGUUUACUCACCACAGUUACAGAAUCAUGGCUGUGAAUAUAGUUGGUUGCAAAACUCCUUGUGACUUGUAGUUUAACUUAAUCUCAUCUAUCUUUUGUAAAUAACUAAAUUAUAGGAUGGUGAAUAACAUCUUUAGUAGAUAUAAACUGUCAGUACUGACUUCAGAACAACAGAGUAAUCAAGUUAGGUAAAAGCAUGUUUGAAAUAAAAAUAGCUAUCUGGAUUUAUACUUUAUUUCCUACAGAUUUUAAAGUAGCCAGUAUUAACUGUAGCUUGACAGCAUCAAAAUGAAAGUGAGGUUCUUUAUGUUACUUGUCCUAACAAUUAAGACUCAUAUUGGUAGGAGAUGUUUAGAUCUUUAUCCUGCUUCGCAAAAGGAGUUUCAUUUAUACUGUUUGGACUCCCAUGAACUUUUACACACCACUUUUGUGUUUUUGAUUUACCAUAAGCUGUCGUUCUUUUUAUCCUUGCUUAUUUCUUCCUACUCAGAAAAGAACAAAAUAUUCAUACUACAGCUGCGUUGAGAUAACUCCUCAGGUACAGAGUGAACAACCAAGGAAUUUGGAAAGUAUUGGAGUGGGUCUUCUCUCCCCCCACAGCUGCUGGGAACUUUGGAGGCAGUGUGAUAGAGGGUGAAGAGAGCAUGGGCCCUGUGGUCAGGAGGCCUAUGCCCCAACCCCCACUUUGCUCUUAACCUGCAGGUGACCACGGGCACCUUCUCUCACUUGUGUGAAUUCCAGGCUCCUUACCGUAAGAAUGGAGGUGAUGAGAAUAGUACCUACAGAAUUGGCGGGGGACUAAUUACGUCUCCGUGUGUGUAUUGCACCCAGUGCAGUGUCUGCUGCUUUUCACUCAGUACCCAGGACUGUAUAAGAUCAAAUAUGCACAUCUUUUAUAUUCUCUAUUUACCAUUUCACUUACCGUCUUUAGUUCCUAUAAUAAAAGAAACUUGUAGAAUAUAUAUAUUCAUACAUUCGUGUUGAUACAGUAUUUAAAAUAAUUGUUACCACCCUCAUUUAAUUCAGCAUUAGACUUAACAAGUCUCUAAAUUGCUUAAAGAUGGAUGUUUUGCAAAAUACCAACUACUCUAUAUUUCUUUAGAGAAAGUUUGUAGUUAUUAAUAUUGAUAGCUCUGGUCAUAUUUCGUUUCUUAAGUCUAAUGAGUCCUUUUACUAUAUAGAUUCAUGACAGCUAAUUAGUAUUGACUGGUUUGGAGGUUUGGACUUAUGUAAAAAAGAUGGAUGCAAACUAUUACAAUUAGAAAAUAAAAUAUGAAUUAACUUUUAA